AUGGAGAGUGGCUCAACUGGCUCAGUCUAUCUAUCAUCUUCGCUAUGGCAGAAGAUACGGAAGUGGGGGGACGAGAACCUAAACUUUUUCAAGCUACACCUCAUGGCCUUCACCAUAGUUCCCCUCAUUUGUGCAGGCAUCCUCUACGCCAGCAACGGCCUUUUCCCCAUCCGCUUCAUCGACGCCCUCUUCAUCUGCAUCAGCGCGACAACCGGAACUGGAUUGACCACGGUCGAUCUCAGUGCGCUCACAGCCUGGCAACAAGUUAUCAUAGCGGCGCUCACCAUAGCCGGAAGCCCUACCACAGUGGCUUGGAUAGUUGUCCUCGUUCGGAAACACUACUUCACUACUCAUUUGGAUGGUAUCGUCAAACGAGAGCUCAGCAGAUCACCCACGGCCUCCACGCUCCGCCUCUUUGACACCCUCAAGGCAAAGAGUAAGGAUCCUAGGCGCAGAAGCCAGACCUUUGCGUCAAGAACCCUCGACUCUGUGGAGCUGCCUCGAACAACGAUCCCCGAGGUUCAUGUCAUACCCGUUUCUCGGCAGAGCAGCGAGAUCGCUGCAGUCGACGCCUUUGCUAGACCGACUGGUGUUGGGGGUGCACCAAAGCGACCCGGACCAUUGGCGCCUCUGAUGGUGGAUAAUCGCUCGCUUGUUGUGCCAGAUACGACGGGAACGCCGACGCUCAGAGUCAGACCGUCGCCCACCAGUAACGGCAUUCUGACGCGGUCAUCGACUCUCAUGUCCCCGUCCUCACUCUACGCGGAUGACGGGAUCCAAAGGACGGCGUCAAGCGUGCAUUUCACCCAAGAUGCCAAUCAGGACCUCAGGAGACGAGUACUCGACCCGCGGCUGCAUUCUGCGACGCGACAGCAGAUGGAGCAAUUGCACAUCGACGCUGGUCUUCCGCCUCCCGCCAUCACGCCUGACGACCGUGGAGGCUUCAUAAACCCGCUCGGUCUCCUUGAUGCCAGUUUCAAACGCGUAGCACCCAAUUUGCGCACUGCGAUUCGUCGAAAGCUCACGAUGCCCGCCCAAGAGACGUUCUCAGGCGCCGCCCGCAACACAUCCAUGGAUCAAGAACAUGGCUUCGGCGUAUGGCCCCCUGAGGUAGUCAGACCCGGAACGCACGCUGAGAGGCGGGUGCCGUACCUUUCACCUGGAACUUCCCUCUCUGUGCGGACGGGUAGUACCCUGAGCUUCGAGAGCCUGGCCGAGCAGGAUUACGAGGAGCUUGGCGGAGUAGAGUAUCAAGCACUGAGGGCUUUGCUGUGGCUCGUCCCCUGCUUCUAUCUGACAACGGUCGCCUUGGGCUUCGCAGUGAUAGCACCUUACGUGGCAAUGUCUCGCUGGCGCGAGAUAUUCCUGCCCCCAAAUCUGAACAGACCUCUCAACUCGACAUGGUACAGCCUUUUUCUUAUCAUCAGUGCUUGGGCGAAUACCGGCAUGUCGCUGGUUGAUCAAAACCUCAUUCCAUUUCAACGCGCAUAUCCACUACUCCUCACCGUCAUCGCCGUCGCUCUGCUUGGAGAGACUGGGUUUCCUGCCGGACUGCGUUUCAUCGUUUGGGCACUUUCCAAAGUCACGCACAGGGACGGGCGCACGCAUGCGGCGUUAAGGUUUCUCCUUGACCACCCACGGCGAUGCUUCAUCCUGCUGUUCCCCAGCCGACAAACAUGGUUCCUACUGACAGUCCUCAUUGCUCUCAACUUGACUGAUUGGGUCGCAUUUAUGGUCCUUGACAUCGGCAUCCCCGAGAUCGAGGCCAUUCCACUUGGCGUGCGGGCGUUGCUGGGCACGGUCCAAGCAGUUGCUCUACGGAUCGCUGGCUUCACGGCCUUCUCUCUUGCUACACUUGCACCGGCCAUGAAGAUACUGUACCUGGUGAUGAUGUACGUUGCAGUAUAUCCAGUAUCGAUGAGUGUACGUGCAACGAACGUCUACGAGGAGCAGUCGCUUGGCAUAUUUGAAGAGGAGGAGAAUAAGCCUUGGAGAGACCUCGAAAACGAGGCUGCCUACCCGGAGAGCGAUGGGCGCAUUGCCAUAUGGGGGCGUUAUCUUGGUCGGCACAUGCGCUAUCAACUGUCGCACGACCUGUGGUGGCUUAUGCUCGCCCUCAUCGUUGUUGCUGUCGUGGAACGAGGCAACAUCCGCGACCCGGCGAGCGACUCGUGGUUCAACCUCUUUACCAUUAUAUUCGAAACGGUCUCUGCGUACACGUCCGUCGGUCUUUCCUUUGGCAUACCGACCGCCAAUUACUCCUUAAGCGGGGCAUUCAGUACGCUUAGCAAGGUCAUCAUGUGCGCGAUCAUGCUUCGCGGGCGCCAUCGAGGUCUACCUCUGAAGGUUGACCGGUCAAUCAUGCUCCCGAGAGAGUUCGAGCAGAACAAGCGCGAGCAUCUCAAGCGUCUGCGCGCUUCACGUUUGGGACCGGCAAGCAGAUUCCUCGACACAGGCAUGGCACGCUCCAUAUCUGGUUUCUCGCGGACACCGGUAUCCCCUACACCCGAACGUCUCGCGACUGUGAAGGAGAGCGCGGAUGAUGAGAAGGAUGAAGGCGCGAGUGACAGCGCUGAGGAGAAGAGGGCGGACAGAAAGAUUGUCGAAUAG